CUCUAUAUUUGAAGGUAGAGCACACUUUCUGGUAGGGUGUAUUAUUAUGCAAGCCUUUGGUCUGAAAGUGUUGUGCAAUUUUUUUCAGCAACAAAACCAGAGAGCAUCGGUGUUGCUAUGAAUGAUUCUCCUGUCGGUCUUGCAAAUUAUAUCCUGGAGAAAUUCCUUACAUGGUCAGGAUGUAAAGCUCAUGAACAUUUUGCUUGCGUGGAAUCAAAAUUUAGCAAAGACGAACUUCUUACUAAUAUUAUGCUGUAUUGGUUAACUGGAAGUAUGCCAUCUGCGAUGAGACUGUAUCGGGAAAACAAGUGGUCUGACAGAUCUCUGAUGUAAGUGCAUGUGUACCUUUUUUGGCAGAUACAAUCAGGAUACUAGAUAAAGAUGGCAACCAUACUGGCGGCAGUGGUGUCGAACUGAAAUGCUAACAAGACUCUCGAAAAGGGGGGGAGGGGGACACGGAUGGCUACCUUACUCUACGGGCAACCCUUCAACUGAUUAUAGAUAUGAUAGAUGCUAUAUACCUAGUAUGAAUGCUGGGUUUGGUGGAUAAUCCAAGUAGCAUAAUUAUAAGACCUAACCAUGAACGGUUGUGAAAAAUGCAAUGCUAGAGUCGAACCUGUGGCCCUACGAUCUGGUGUUGCAUUUUUCGGAACCGUUCCUGGUUAGGUCUUAAAUUAUGUAUAUAUAUGCUUACUUGGAUUUUCCACCAAACCCAACAUUCUAGUUCAACCAAAUGAAGUGCAAAACAUAUCUUUCAAGUUCUAUCUAGUAUGAAUAUUAGGGGGUAUUAGAGUCCAAACUUACCACUGUUUAUUUCAAUUUGCAGGAGCCCAAAUCCAGUCCCGACUGGCUUAGCAAACUUUCCACAGGAUGUGAUUCAGCAACCACAAGCUUGGCUACAUGUCACCUUUCCUAACAUUGUUCAAUUCACUGAAAUGCCUCGUGGCGGCCAUUUUGCCGCCCUUCAGGAACCACAGUUGCUUGCGGACGACAUUUGGACAUUUGUUAGAGAAGUUGAGAACAGUCCAAAAGCAAAAACACAAGAUGCAUAAUAGGAAUUAUAAACUUUACAGUAGACUCUAAUUUAAUGUAUUACCUAGACUCUAGUUGAUUUAAGGAAUGGCUGGAUAUGGCCCUGAAUUAAAUGAAUGCAAAUAAAUGGAGAAAUGAGAAGAGUUGGUAAUGAGGCAUCAGUAUUUACGCAGGGGUGGGGUUAAAGAUGGCGUGUGUUAACCCCUCCUAGUUUUGGCAAAGGGGGCGAGGGAGAUGUCAAUUUCAAUAUCAGAUCCCUUUUUUAGUUGGAAAUUAGGCAAUAUCUUAGCUUUUUUUCCAACUUACCAUAUCAGGAAAUUUCAGAAAAAGGAAAUGGCAUUGAAGUUGAAUGUCUGUGGAGGUACAAUGUGACAAGUAAUUAGUAUUAAUCAAUUACUUUUAACAAGUAAUUAGUAAAUUGUAAUUAAUUACUUUUUAACAAGUAAUUACAGCAGUAGUCAAUUACUUUAACAAGUAAUUAGUAAUCAAUUACUUUUUAAUUAACACGUAG